CACGUGUGACGAUAGCAACACGUGUCAAAUUCGUACUGCCAGCUGUCCUAAAUGUUUUCUAUAAGUUCGCAACAUAGAUAAUGCAAGAAGAGAGACUACCGAUCGACAAAUUCAGACAAAUACAUUUUAUAAAGCCAAAUUAAGAAGAAGAAAUUGUUUCUUUGAUUGAUGAACAUGGCGGCUAUGCAACUAACGAGAACUGUUUUCUUCGGUCUCUCAAAGGCUUUCCCCAAAAGCCAAGCUCCGAGAACUCUUGCGGUGGUGAUUGGUCGGAAAAGCUCUCGUGUCUUUUUUGCCUCGUCGGUUAACCAUUCUAAGGGAAGAUAUGAUCCGGUAGAGAAAGCGAGAGACUCGAGGGCCGAUUUGGCGUAUGAUUCGAAGAAAUGGAGAGAAGAAUCCGGAGAAUACGCAGAAGCAGGCAAAGAGAAAGCCCACGAGAUAAAAGAGGAAGCUAAAGACAAAGCUAACGAUGUGAAAGAGAGAACGAAAGAUUAUGCUGAACAAACUAAGGGUAAAGUGAAUGAAAGAGCAAGCAGAGCCGCUGAUAAAGCCUACGAAACGAAAGAGAAGGCCAAGGACAAAGCCUAUGACGUGAAAGAGAAGACAAAAGAUUACGCAGAAGAAACUAAGGAUAAAGUCAAUGAAGGAGCAAGUAGAGCAGCUGAUAAAGCCUACGAGACGAAAGAGAAGGCUAAGGACAAAGCCUAUGAUGUGAAAGAGAAGGCAAAAGAUUACGCAGAAGAAACUAAGGAUAAAGUCAAGGAAGGAGCAAGUAGAGCAGCUGAUAAAGCUUACGAGACGAAAGAGAAGGCUAAGGAUAAAGCUUACGAUGUGAAGGAGAAAACGAAGGAUUAUGCGGAACAAACUAAGGAUAAGGUGAAUGAAGGAGCGAAUAGAGCUGCGGAUAAAGCAGAAGAAACAAAAGAUAAAGCCAAGGACUAUGCAGAGGACUCAAAGGAGAAAGCAGAGGAUAUGGCACAUGGGUUUAAAGAAAAGGCUCAAGAUAUUGGGGAGAAGACUAAGGAGACUGUGAAAGAUGUGUGGGAGACGGCGAAGAGCACGGCUCAAAAGGUAACUGAGGCUGUGGUUGGGUCCGGUGAGGAGGCGGAUAGGGCUAGGGAUGAUGUUGAUAAAGGCUUGGAGGAUCUCUCGAAAAAGGCGAAUGAAAAUCGGGAUAAGGAUGAUGAUUUCAAGAGGUUCUAAAUUCACUAAUCAUCUUGUACUUUAAUUUUCUUUUGUUGUAUGUUUAAAAAGCUCUGUUUCAGAAACUUUUUAUAGUAGGGUGUUAAAGGUUUUUAACAAACU